AUGGACUCUCAGUUACUGGCCGCUAUCCAGGCUGGGAAGAAACUCAAGAAGGCUGAAACAAAUGACCGCUCUGGACCGGCUGUUGAAGGAGGAGCGAAACCGUCGGGAGGUGGGAUGGGUGGAGGUGGAGGCGGGGGCGGAGGAGGGGGCGGAGGAGUAUCAGCGGCUGCGGCCUCAAUGGGACCUCAGCUGGGUGGAUUGUUUGCUGGGGGAAUACCCAAGUUAAAGCCAGCGGGACAAAAUGGACCUGGUAUCGAAAGCCCCGGCCCUAGGAAAACCACCUACUGUUCCAAGAGCUCCAUCAGCACCUCCUCCUGCACCUCCGGCCGCGCCGCCCCCUCGUCCGCCCCCGACGGCCCGCCCCCACGUCCCCCAGCAGCUCCUCCUUCGGCCGCACCACCAAGACCGCCAGCUGCACCUCCUCCACCGCCAUCUGUACCUCCAGCACCGCCAUCUGCGCCUCCUCGCGCGCCUCCUCCACGGCCUCCAGCAGCAGCCCCACCGCGUCCACCUGCGGCCCCUCCUCCACGACCACCCGCGGUGCCUCCCGCAGCUCCGCCUCGCCCUCCAGCAGCACCUCCACCACCUGCUCCUCCGCGACCAGCCGCUGUAUCGCCUCCCCCUGCCCCACCACGAGCACCACCGACACUCCCAGCACGAACGCCAUCCGUACGAGCAACUUCACCCGAAGAGAGCGCGCCCCUUCCUCCUAUCCGAGCAGUCCCUCCGCCUCCCGCACGGAGCAAUACUGUAGCCCCAGCUCUUCCUGGGCGGAAGGUACCCCCACCACCGAGUGCUCCACCAAGUGCACCUCCAGCACCUCCUCGAGCAGCUCCUUCGCUACCAGCGCGCGCAGUUCCCCCUCCUCCUUCAAGUCCGCCCCCAUCUACAGCACCAAGGCAGCCUCCCCCUCCCCCUCCAGGCCGUACUCCAGCACCUCCUCCUCCCGUGCGCAACCGGACUGUGUCCGAGAAUGUCGCUCGAUCCAUAUCUCCUCCUGCAGCUCCUCCAGCAAUCGCGACCCCGACCGCUACUCGUCUAGGUGCCCCUAUCCGGCCUGCAUCGGCUGACCCGCCCGCUCGCACUGCCCCGCUUCCGCCACCAAGUCGUGCCCCGCCUCCACCAGCACCAGCAUCGGCGCCUAGACCUGUCUCCGCAGCUGUUCCUGCUGCUAGCUUGGCCAAUGUUCCUACCAUGCACUCCCGAGCAGUUAGUGAGAGUGCAGCCAUAGCUCCUGUUAAGAAAGGAAAGAUUCCGGAGCCUCCAUCUAAAUUUGGCGAUCACGUCUUCCCUUCCCCAUCCGCAUUUCCACCCCCACGGCCGUUUGUUAAAGCCGCGCGUACUUAUCGUAGUGGGAGCUCGAAAGGAAGCGGCUUUGAUACUAACACAUUGUAG